CGUUUGAAUCCAAACACGAUGAACCGAACCCGAUAAACCUGCAAUCCGAUGAACCCGCAACCCAUUUGAACCCGAACUCGAUUGAAUCCAGCCAAAAUCCGCAUGAACCAGCCUGAUUGAUACGUAUACCUAGAAGUGUAAAAUCGUAAGUUUUUAAGUUUUAAAACGCGAUCUUGACUGAGGCAAAUAUCUCCCUGCCCGAACCACUGAGUGGCAAUGCACUUCUCCGGUUAUUUCGGUCUGGUCAGGCAGCCAGAGCCAAAGCUUUCAGCGGACUGUUUGGCCGCCUCCUUUCCUCUCGGCUCUCGCCCUGCCCUUGUUCGCCAACUCGCCUCCGUCUCUCCCUACCCGACUCUACCACUUCCCUCGGGUUUUUCUGUCACUCAAUCUUUCCUUCUCCGUUUCUCUUCCAAUUCAAAGCUCAGUCAGUUAGCCGGCGAGUCCUCAAGAACAAUGAACACGGUAUCCGUAUCCCUCAAAAACCCUAAAAUGGCGUCCUGCUACUACUCUCCACUCCCAGCACUUCCCUCCUCUUGUCCUUCCAUUCCCUCCCUCCAUUUCCAACCUUCUUUGUAUUCGCUUACCGACUGCAGAGCUUCUUUAAGACUCUCGAUCGAUCUUCUUCCUCCCAACGGCCUGCGCCUUGGCCUCCCUUCUCUCCGCUGCAUUACUCGUCUGACUUCCAUCGUCGCCUCCGCCGCUUCUCGCCAAGAAUCGGCGCACCCUGAUUUCGAAGUGGAGAAGAAUAACGAGGAUCUCGACGCCAGGAAUCAAGAGUCUCAGGAAGCUUGGAAGAAGGCCCUUGAAUCGUUCAAGGAACAGGCCAUACACAUGAAGGGAAUCUCUCAGGAAGCGUACGAAGUAUAUUCCAAGAAGGCCAUGGUCAUCCUGGGAGAGACGUCGGAGCAGCUCAAAAUCCAAGCUGAGAGGGCCAGGAGAGAUUUGAAUUCCUUGGCUAAGGAGAUUAAUGAAGCUGCCGAGAACUCUCCUGAAGGUGUUAGGGAUAUUCUGGAGACUAUCAGCUCAUCUACUGAUGUCAAAGAUUUCUCUGAGCUCAAGGAUUACCACGUUGGAAUAGGUUACGGUUCCAUUGUGUUUGCUGGUGGGUUUGCUGCGUUCAUGUUGGUCGGGAGCAUUUCUGCUGUUAGGUUCGGUGUGAUUCUUGGUGGCGCUCUUUUGGCACUUGGUAUAGCAAGUCGAAGAGCUCAGAACAAUGGAGAGGCAUAUGAUGUGCCUUUGAAAGGACAGACAGCAAUUGCCACUAUAAUUUUCCUUAGGAAGAUCACUCUGCUGUUUCAGAGAGGUUCUCUUUUCCAAUUCGUUUCGGCUGUCAUCAGUACUGCUGUGCUCGCGUUUUACUGCUAUAGGAUUGGCAUGCUGAAGGGGACCAAAUGGGGAACACCUGCAGAAGAGUGAUGCCCUCGUCCAAAGCCUGCAUGAGAUAUCUAAGAUGUCUGUUGCCGUUGGGCAGAUGUUUGCUAUUUCCUGUCAGUGAUCAGAGAAAAAUACAAAAUUAGACCCUGUGACAUCAUUGCAGCUGAUGUUUGAGGCAGAAGGUAGUGUAUGUUUGUUAGGCUCGGGCAGUAGGAUAGGUGGAGGUUAUUUAGGUUGCUUCCAGUUCUAGAGCAUCUGCAGCGCAAAAUGCAGUGUGUCCUUGCUACCUUUUCUGGGCUGUGUUCUGAUUGUGCAUGCAGUGUGGAAGCAACAGGGUUUCGUAGUGAUUCUGAAGGGUGUUUUGGCAUUGAAAUGUCGGAUCUGUUUAGCCCUUCAAUGUUCUUAGGAUCGACAUGUUUAAGGCCAACCAGUUACAGAACCUACUUUGCGAAAUGAAACUGGUCGCGGUUUAUCUUCUAUAGUUUCGAGGUGGUUUGAAUGGGUAUUCAACUAUUGUUUUUGUCAAUAGAAUAGCCUCUUCCAAAAUCAAAUAGAUGCUAGCCUCCUGCAAACAGAUUAUGGCCUGAAAAGUGAAAACAAUGCGUUGAGGAACAUAGGGCUUUCUUCAUCAACUGGAAAACAAAGUGGACGAGGGGAAAGAGGAUAUAUACCCUCGCAGGAAUUCACUCCGUCGCCCUUAAAUCCACGAGGACACUUGCAGCCUUCUGAAGAGUCCUGAAUUAGAAAAAAACCAUCGGUAAGUAAAUACAAGUUUGGAGAGUUGAAAUGAUAAAGAGACAGCAAGAGAUGCAGAAAGAAGUGUUUUGUAGUUAGAAACUGGAUUUUACUCACAGUGCAUGAGAAAAUGUCAUGCCAUCUUAGGAUUUCUUCCAACAUCCUCCAUUGUUGAUUCCACAACGUAAAGCACCAGAAGCUGCAGAAAACACAAAAGCAGAGGGCAUGAGGUGACGAGAUAUGCAUAAAACUGAAUUUUCGAUAAUAUCUCUAUCUUAUACCAUGAGUUGGAAGAUUGUAACCAGUUAGACCAAUACCAGUUUUGAAGAAUUAUUUCAUUACUAGCAAGACCUACAAUAGGCUUAAGCUAUAUGAGUCAAAACAAAGUCAUGAGAAUCCUUUUAGGCAUAGCAAGAAGCCAAGUUUUUUUUUUUUGAACUAACACGCAAAGACAUAUUAUUAAAUCCAUGGAACAACUGAAGUAACAAAAAUAUAAUUAAAUCCAUGUUAAACUUUGCUAUAGUGACUUGCAAGUCAUCGUAACUUGGACAAAAUGGUCGACCUAUUCAUUGAUGAGGUCCACCUAUCUGGACAAAACGGUCAACAUGUUCACUAAUGAGGUCGACCUAUUUGGACAAAACUGUCGACCUCAUCACUGAUAUGGUCGACCUAUUUGGACAAAAUGGUCGACCUCAUUGUUGGAAUGGUCGACCAGAUGUACUAUUUUUCAUUUGUUUAUGCUCAACAAAUGGUCAACCUCUUUCACUAAAAGGCAUUAUACACAAAAAUGGUCUACCACUUCCAUCAAGUGGUCUACCUCUUUCUCUAAGUGGUCCACCUCUUUCAAUAAUUGAUCCACCUGAUG